GCCCGUGAGCAUCGCAGUGGAGUCAAGCGACCAUGAAGCCCCACUCGACGAGAGCUGCAACGUUGUGCUGCGCAUGCAUCCUCGCUCUUGGAAUGACUGAAGCUCACAUCGUUCACACCGUGCUGGACAAGAGCCACCGGCUGCUGCUGAACAUGGCGGCCAAGAUGCCAAACUUAGUGCCCCGCAUGGACGCCCAGGAGUGCCUCAAGAGGACCAUCUGCGAAGCGCAUAACAAGCCCGGACGGUAUGGGAUCAUCGGCGUCGCGCUACAGCUCUUCUUCCCGCCAUUUCGACCGGGUGACGCCGAAGGUAUGCCGUCGUCACCAUUACAGCUGGCGGCGCGUUACGGACGGGAACCGACCGCUGACUGCGGCAGACAGUACGACGGCUGCUUCCUGGACCCGCUGCAGACGCUACAGGCUGCUGUGGACUACUUCCUGCGCCGACCGGCUUAUUCGGGGCUUCUCGGCAGCAGCACCCAAAAGCCCGCUAUCGUCUGGGGCAGGCCGGUAAUCGAGCCCAUCACUGCCGACAGGAGGAGAGAUGCACUCAGGCAGCAACGUAUCGUGCUCUUCGACAGAAGACGAGGGUUGGCUCGUGGCACGAGUGAUGGGUCCACGUCGUCACUGCACUGCCCUCGGUGAACCAC